AUGAAUAAAUAUCCAGCCCACCAAAACCUCCUUAAUUGGAGAAAACGCUUCAACAUUAUUGAAGGAAUUGGUCGAGGCCUACUCUACCUUCAUAGGGAUUCUAGAUUGAAGAUUAUUCAUAGAGAUCUAAAGGCAUCUAACAUCUUGUUAGAUCAAGAGCUUAAUCAAAAAAUAUUGGACUUUGGUAUAGCAAGAAUAUUUGGAGCCAAUGAAGAUCAGGCCAAAACUAAAAGGGUUGUUAGGACAUAUGGUUAUAUGUCUCUUGAAUAUGCAAUGCAAGGCUUGUUUUCAGAGAAAUCAGAUGUCUUCAGCUUUGGUGUAUUGUUACUAGAGAUUGCAUGGAAAUUGUGGAAUGAUGACAACAAUAUGGCUUUGGUAGACCUAGCAAUAUGGGAUCCAUGCUUUCGAAUGGAAAUUUUGAGAUGCAUACAUGUGGGACUGCUGUGCGCGCAAGAAUUGGCCAGAGAUAGGCCAAUUGUGUCUACUAUUAUUUCUAUGCUUAAUGGUGAGAUUGUGGAUCUUCCCACUCUGAAGCAACCUGCAUACAUGGAAAGGCAGAUUGCUUCAAAUAUAGAGCUUGCUCAACAGGACUGA